UGAAAGUAGACUGCUGCAGUCAGAUCAGAAGCCCUCGUUAGUAGGUCGUGUACAGUCAUUGUUUAUUGUAUAGUUAUUGUUUAUAAAGAGAAACGGCUGGAAAUAACUUUAUUUACCGGUAUAAUGGAGUUCUUCAGAGACAUCAUCCUCACAGUAGAUAAACGUGUUUUUAGAGAACAUCCAGCAAAGAGGAGAAGUCUGAUCCCAUACCACUUUGAAGAAAAACACUCCUGCUACAAAGUGCGUGUCACCUAUGAGGAGCUGGAGGAGCUGGAGAAGGCUCUGUCAGACUCUCGACCCACUCAGGGACAGAGCCCUCAGCAGUAUACAGUAAAGGUGUCUGCACAGGUGAUGGACUACAUCCAGCAGAUAUGGAAAGAAAAACUUCAAAAACUGCAAGGAAUAAGUCUUAAGAUUGAAAUUUAUCCAGACGCGACACACACGAGUUCAGCUCUGGUGAUGUUCAGAGCGCAGCCUGGAUUGUCCCGUCCUCAGUGCGUACGUCUAGACUUUGUGAGACAGCAGUUCCUCACCUUCUACCAGAGAACAGCCUCUGAUUUGGAGGUCACAUCUCUCAGAUUGGGUCCACACAACCUCGAGGAUCUAAAAAGAAAAUUUCCACGUCUUCUUUUUAAACCAACUUCCAGCAAAGACACAACAGUAGUUGGUCCUUUUCCAUAUUUAAAUCAGCUGAAGAGGUUUCUGUCACCAAAGUCUCAGAGUUUCCGUAAACAUCCAGAGACCAGCGUCCCAGCAGGCAGUGCAGCCUCAAAACCCUCACCCAGCCAAGAUGAGUCAUGUCCAAUCUGCAUGGAGACGAUCAAAGAUGAGGACAAACAGACACUUAGGUGCAAACAUUCGUUCUGUAAAGACUGUUUGAAAACAGCCUUUGUCUACAAGCCGAUCUGUCCCAUCUGUGGGCAGUUAUACGGCGUUUUGAGGGGGACUCAGCCAGAGGGGGGUACCAUGACCGUGUUUACAAGCUCUUCACCUUUACCAGGAUGUGAGAGACACGGAACAAUAGUCAUCCAGUAUCACAUCCCAAGUGGAACUCAGAAGGAGGAGCAUCCAAACCCAGGCCAGCCCUUUGUGGGGGUGUCCCGGACUGCCUACCUCCCUGACUCCUCAGAAGGAAGGAAGAUCGUGAAGUUGCUCAGGCGAGCAUUUGACCAGAGACUCACCUUCACUAUCGGCCAGUCCAGCACCAGUGGCAGGAACAACACAGUUACGUGGAACGAUAUUCAUCACAAGACCUCCACAGGUGGAGGACCUACUCUGUAUGGGUACCCAGAUCCUGAUUACCUCAGCAGAGUUCGAGAAGAAUUAAAAGUGAAAGGAAUUGAAUAAAUUGUUUUAAAGGCUGAUUUGGGCUUUUCAGCAAAUUUUAUUCCAUCAUUUUCUUCCUUAAAUUGACUUUUGUUCAUUUUUUAUAAUCUUUCUAAGGAGUUUCAAAUGUAAAAGGAAACUGAAGCAUUAUGCCCAGGAAUGAAGGUCAACACUGUAGGGGAACCAAAGAUGUAAACGUAUUUCUGUAGUGAAUGAUUGGAGGCAAAGCUGUGUUGCAAUGUUUCUGCACAUUGAAAGCUUCAGACCUGUCCGUAGCUCUGAAGGCAGCAACAGAAUCUGACGUGGACUCCGAUGCAAAAACAAGCACAUUUUUGUCUACUGUUGUUACACCUGAACUAGGAUCAGAACACAAGGUGAUCGUUUUCUUACUAACUUACUGGAGUGUAUUAAAAAAUCACA